CUUUUGCUGCUCACAACACUCGCGUGUUUGAAUGAAGGAAGGAGCCCACGAGUACCUUCAGGGUCAAAUCGAAAAGAGUACGAUACACGUUGACUAGUAGCUCUGUAAUUAAGCAAAUUAAACGAUACAUUGUUAGCAUUUAAUCCAACGUGUACGAUCAAGGAUUGAGAUUUAGUACAGUAACUAACGUAAGCAAUCCCGGCUCGUGUCGUUUGUUGUGUUUGCAUGUUAGCUAGCUAGCCAAUUCUGCUAUACUUGCUAGUGCCAAACAAUAAACCAGAUAGUUAAUGUUAUCCAGGUAAAUGUGUUUUUUCUAACAGUUAACAAACUAUUAUCCAAGACUCCUGUAUAUGAUCAAAUAUGUCCGAAGCACAAGACUUGAGAAAGCGCAGUAAGAAACGCUAUGGCGGCGGACACCGGAGUAAGAAGUACAAGGGUUCCCGGGAGCUCGAGGUGGGCAUGCAAGGUGUCCUCAUCACCUGCAAUAUGAACGAGAGGAAAUGCACCGCGGAAGCCUUCAACCUGCUGAACGAAUACGCCGACCAACUCUACGGACCUGAGAAUUUUAAGGAACCCGAGGAGAGCAGUAGUGAGGAAGAGGAGGAUGAAGAUGUGGAGGCGGCUCUGAAGAAGGAGGUGAAGCAGCUCAAAGCGUCGUCGGGGAAACGGCAGCGGCGCUUCCAGGCCAUGGACAGCGGGGCCAACAACGUCAUCUUCAUCAAGACCAAGAACCUCGACCCUGAGAAGCUGGUGCAUCACAUCCUGUCAGACCUCCACAUCACCAAGAAGAACAAGUCACGAGUCAUCCUCAGAAUGCUGCCGGUGAGUGGAACGUGCAAGGCUUUCCAGGAGGACAUGGAUAAGUACCUGAGUGUGUUCUUAGAGCCGUGGUUUAAAGCCCCCAACCAGGGCAGCUACCAGAUCGCCUUCAAGGCCCGGAACAGCUCCCACAACAAGAGGGACGACAUCAUCAAGGCCCUGGCAGGCCUGGUGGGGAAGAUGAAUCCUAAAAACAAGGUUGACCUGACCACCCCUGAGCUCACCAUCAUCGUCGAGGUCAUCAAGAGUGUGUGCUGUGUCAGCGUCGUCAGGGACUACACUCUAUACAGGAAGUACAACCUGCAGGAGGUUGCCAAGGAGGAGGGGCCUAAAGAUGGGAAACAGGAAGAGGUCACCGCAAACCAGGAAGAGAUCAAGGUGAACCAGGAAGAGAAGGAUGGGAAACCGGAAGAGAUCAAGUCGAACCAGGAAGAGAAGGAUGGGAAACAGGAAGAGAUCAAGUCGAACCAGGAAGAGAAGGAUGGGAAACAGGAAGAGAUCAAGUCGAACCAGGAAGAGAAGGAUGGAAAGCAGGAAGAGGGAAAGGAUGCCCCAAAAACAGACAGGGAAGGAAAGGGGGAGGAAGAGAAGUAGAUCCCUGUACCAGGAAGGGAGAGAAGAGGGAGGGGAAUGAGGGAGGAAGUGAAGUAGAUCCCUGUACCAGGAAGGGAGAGAAGAGGGAGGGGAAUGAGGGAGGAAGUGAAAUGGGACUGAUAAACAACUCAAAGGCAUCUCACAGUGCAGGUGAUGCAGUCAAUGUGUUUUUAGGUAGUUUUACUGUAGAACAGGUCCUAUUCCUAUUGUCCAUUCCAAAUGGAACCCUAAUCCCUAUAUAGUGCACUAUUUUUGACCUGAGGCCUAUGGGUCCCUUGUCAAAAUGAGUGCACUAUGAAGGGAAUAGGGUACCCUGUUCCCUUUAUAGUGCACUACAUUAGACCAGGUCCUAUGGUACCCAACCCUGACUACGACAAAAUCCCUUCGGAUUUCAUUCAUUUUUUCCUCCAUUUUGUAUCGUGUCCAACAUGUCCUCCUCAUCGCUGACAGUCCAUUGGUCCCCUCACCAUCACCGAGCUCUCACUGAAAGCUGACAGUCCAUUGGUCUCCUCUCCAUCACCGAGCUCUCACUGAAAGCUGACAGUCCAUUGGUCUCCUCUCCAUCACCGAGCUCUCACUGAAAGCUCACAGUCCAUUGGUCUCCUCUCCAUCACCGAACUCUCACUGAAAGCUGACAGUCCAUUGGUCUCCUCUCCAUCACCGAGCUCUCACUGAAAGCCUAGUCCAUUGGUCCCCUCUCCAUCACCGAGCUCUCACUGAAAGCUCACAGUCCAUUGGUCUCCUCUCCAUCACCGAACUCUCACUGAAAGCUGACAGUCCAUUGGUCUCCUCUCCAUCACCGAGCUCUCACUGAAAGCUGACAGUCCAUUGGUCUCCUCUCCAUCACCGAGCUCUCACUGAAAGCUGACAGUCCAUUG